GCCUGCGGCCCGCCCAGUGCUGUUCGGGCUCCCGCUUCUAUUCAGGACACUGGGUUCCCUAGGAGCUGCCCCAGGCUUAAUGAUUGUCCAGAAGGUGGCUAUAAAGGGAGCCUGGGAGGCGGGUGGAGGAGGGAGCAGAAAAAACAACUCAGCAGAUCUGGACGCUUAGAGCACUGCAAGCAGGAGCUGUGGUCAGAGGCACCUGGCCGGUAGGGCCUGCUCUUUUCUACCAUGGCGUCCCAAGGCUAUGGCUAUUAUCGCACCGUGAUCUUCUCAGCUAUGUUUGGGGGCUACAGCCUGUACUACUUCAACCGGAAGACCUUCUCCUUUGUCAUGCCGUCCCUCGUGGAAGAGAUCCCUCUGGACAAAGAUGACUUGGGUCUCAUCACCAGCAGCCAGUCAGCAGCCUAUGCCAUCAGCAAGUUUGUGAGUGGGAUGCUCUCUGACCAGAUAAGUGCUUGCUGGCUCUUCUCUUCGGGGCUUCUCCUGGUUGGCCUGGUCAACAUAGUCUUUUCCUGGAGCUCCACAGUACCUGUCUUCGCUGCUCUCUGGUUCCUUAAUGGCCUGGCACAGGGGCUAGGCUGGCCCCCAUGUGGGAAGAUACUGCGGAAGUGGUUUGAGCCAUCUCAGUUUGGCACUUGGUGGGCUAUCCUGUCAACCAGCAUGAACUUGGCCGGAGGACUGGGCCCUAUCCUGGCAACCAUCCUCGCCCAGAGCUACAGCUGGCGCAACACGCUGGCCCUGUCUGGGGUGCUGUGUGUGUUUGUCUCCUUUCUCUGUCUCCUGCUUAUCCAUAAUGAACCUGCUGAUGUUGGACUCCACAAUCUGGACCCCACCCCCUCCAAGGGCAAGAAGGCCUCCUUGAAGGAAGAGAGUACCCUACCGGAGCUGCUGCUGUCCCCCUACCUCUGGGUGCUCUCCACUGGCUACCUUGUGGUGUUUGGAAUAAAGACCUGCUGUACUGACUGGGGCCAGUUUUUCCUUAUCCAGGAGAAAGGACAGUCAGCCCUCGUGGGUAGUUCCUACAUGAGUGCCCUGGAGGUUGGGGGCCUUGUAGGCAGCAUUGCAGCUGGCUACCUGUCAGACCGGGCCAUGGCAAAGGCAGUGCUGUCCAUCUAUGGGAACCCACGCCAUGGCCUGUUGCUGUUCAUGAUGGCUGGCAUGACAUUGUCCAUGUACCUCUUCCGGGUGACAGUGACCAGUGACUCCCCCAAGGGUGUUGCUUUCUGGACUCCGGCUCUUCACCCUCUUGCUGAACUCACAGGCUUUACAGAGCAUGAGCUCUGGAUCCUGGUGUUGGGAGCUGUGUUUGGUUUCUCUUCUUACGGUCCCAUUGUCUUGUUUGGAGUCAUAGCCAACGAGAGUGCCCCUCCCAACUUGUGUGGCACCUCCCAUGCCAUUGUGGGACUCAUGGCCAAUGUGGGCGGCUUUCUAGCUGGGCUGCCCUUCAGCACCAUUGCCAAGCACUACAGUUGGAGCACAGCCUUCUGGGUGGCUGAAGUGAUUUGUGCAGCCAGCACAGCUGCCUUCUUCCUCCUACGAAACAUCCGCACCAAGAUGGGCCAAGUGCCCAAAAAGGCUGAGUGAAGAGAGUGCAGACUCUGAAGUACCCUCCCACCUGUGGCCUUCCCCCUGCACACUGUGGGGGAAAGAAAGGGAGGGGACUGCUCUGGCUAGCACUGAACCUUUGACUUUCCAUUUCUGCACCCUCUCCCUCGCUCAGGUGGUGCUGGAAGUUGUCAGUGGCUAAUGAAGUCCCAGCUCCCCAUCCUAUGCUCUAUUUAAAAGAUAACCUUUGUUCUUGGACUACAUUAGCUCCUAUUUCCUGCCUUCAGACAAACAGAAACUCCUGCAGUCAGGGAAUCUCCUGUACCCUUCAUCCUCUACUAGGCCUUGUCCUGUCCCCAUCCUCUCCCAUUCCUUACCUAAGAUGAGGUUACCCUGCAGCUCCAGGGCACUAAUGGCCUGUGACUUCUGCCCAAGGCUUCUGAGCAGUGGUCAACCGCUAUUGCCAAUACCUCAGAAUCCAGGGGAAGAGAGGAGGCUAUCUCUCUCACCAGUACCCUGGGUAUAGUAGGGGGGUAUGAGUGGGAGGGUGAGAUGACUUGUUAAUAGAAGAUUAAAACGAUUUGAUACUAAA